CAGUGAUGCUGGAUUUGGGAACCUGACAGGCAACAUGGACACUGAGUCAUCGAAGGGCAAAGAGGCCAUGGUAUUAGACCUCUUAUACAGCAGUUCUCUGUGCAUCUCUGUUCUCAAACAGACAGACAGUAGCUAACCCUUUUUCUGUGUUCUCCUCAGGACACGGGUGGUGAGGGUUUGGAGCCGGCUGACACCCAGACAGGUUCUGGGGACGAGGAGAGUAGCAGGCACCAGGGAGAGGUGGAGCUGCAGUGUGCUCUCUGUAUGAAGUGGUUCACAGCCGACACCUUCAGCAUCGACACCGCGUACGUCUGACUCACUGAGUAACUCAAUCUCUCUCAUCAUGGAGGCCUUUGGCUAACUGGUUUUAAGACUAAGUUUGUUAGACCUUUAAAUAGCCCCCUGUAGCUCGACUAACCAGGUAGCUACUGGCUGAAAUGAACAUUUCAGGAUCAAGGUUUUUGAUGAUUCUUUCUCCCUCUCUCUCCAGGACUUGUUUGCCUUUCAUGACCAACUAUGUGUUCCAUUGUAACGUGUGUCAUCACAGCGGCAACACCUACUUCCUCAGGAAACAAGCCAGUAGGUGUUCUCAUUCAGCUGAUACACUUCCGUGCGUAUGUGUGAGCUUGGUGAUGAUUGAUGGUCUGUUAUUGAUUGAUGGUACUGAUUGAGUGAUGCUGUUUGUUCCAGACCUGAAGGAGAUGUGUCUGACUGCUCUGGCCAACCUCACAUGGAGGUCCAGGACUCAGGAGGAGCACCCCAAGACUAUGUUCUCCAAAGACAAGGUCAGUCCAACAUAAUACGCUUUGCAAGCGAAUGUGAUCUUUCGAAAUGCUUGAUAUUACAUGUCAUGCCGAGAUAUUACAGAUCGUUUGCAUAUGUUUUUCAUUCUCUACACCUGCUUAAAAACUCUGGAUGUGUUUGUCAUAUUUUCCUGUCCCCUCUCUCUCGUUGUAGGACAUCAUCCCGUUCAUUGAUAAGUACUGGGAGUGUAUGACCACCCGACAGAGACCUGGAAAACUCACCUGGCCCAACAACAUAGUCAAAACCAUGGUGAAUCUAUGAGCGAACCACUGACUUACACAGAUGCACCAAACUGCACACAUCAGACCAAACGUUCACUGUUACACCAUUGAAAAAGUAGCUGGUCUUUCUCUUAGAAACAGAUCAUGUCUUUACUUGACUUUUCUGUGUUUCAGAGUAAAGAGCGGGAUGUGUUUCUGGUGAAGGAGCGUCCAGACCCAGGCAGUAAGGACCAAGAGGAGGACUACCCCAAGUUUGGCCUGCUGGACCAGGUAGGAAAACACAAGUCACACACACACACACACUGUGAGGCUGACUGUUGGUCGAUUUCUCAUCUCAGGAUCUGGGCAACAUUGGACCAUCUUACGACAACCAGAAACAGACUACCGCUGCUCUCACUCCUGGAGGGCUCAACGGUAAGCUCGAAACACACACUCGCUAAACACAUCAACACAAAUUUGCCCUAAACACACCAACACACUAGCUAAACACAUCAACAUCCAUUUGCCCUAAACUCAAAUUCACCCUAAAGACACCAACACACUCGCUAAACACAUCAACACAAAUUCGCACCAAACACACAACACAUGUCACACACACAUUGUAAUUGUAAUUUUCAUGGAAAUUUUCAUGGAACACAGUAGAGCAUAAUUCCACACUAAAGCCCUAAGAAGUUCUCAUGUUAUAAAUGCUAUAUACAUGCUGUGUUGCAUUCCAGGUGGACCUACUUUCUCAGGUGAAUAUGAUGUGGUGGUUUGGUAUCUGCCUCUGAGCCCUGUGUUUCGUGCAAUCGCAACUCUCCGGGUAGAAGUUGCCAUAGGCACAGAUCUAGGAUCAGCUUACCCUCCCCAUUCCUUAGCUAAACAAUUAAGGGGCAAAAUGCAAUCUGACCUUAGAUCAGCGUCAACGGGCAACUUCACCCUGCUCCAAUCGAAACCCCAUCCCUCACCUGCUCUGCGCUUAUGUUUGGUGCCCUGAAGCAUUUACCCUUUUGAUCUGGCUUUUGAUCGGUGGACUGAUUGAAUGAUGUAAUUUCCUCUGGCUUUCUGCUCCUGAGUUCCCGGGCUUCAUCCCAAUACUCUGGAACAGCCUCUUCUUCCUUUCCAUACCCAGUGGUGAGUGGUAAAGGAAAGACCAAAGGAGGCUGUUAUUGUUGGAAUGCAGCCGCGAAGUGGUGUGAAAUAAUCCCUUGGCUUCCUCUGUGUGGCUGCUACUCUCCUUUCACCCUAAUAUGUGGUGUCCCUCCCUGCUCAAUCCACGCUUGUACCUCUUCGGUGACUUUUUGAUAGUGCUGAAAGUGUGUGUGUUCUAUAUUGUAACUUGUGUAUUUGUUGUGUGAAGGUGGUCUGGCCCCCGGCCCAGGGAAGGGUAGAGGAGCCAAGCGUAAGCAGCAGCAGCAGCAACAGGAGGGAGCCACAGCCGGAGCAGCCAAGAGAACACGCAGGUACAACCCAGACUGAAACGUAUGGCCUUGGUGUUCUUAUAGGUCUGAAGAGAUAUAGGAUGGAUUAUAAUAUGCAAUCAAUGUGACUCUCCUUAGGAGAAGGGAGAGAGAGAGAGAGAAGAAGAGAGAGAGAGAGAUAGAGAGCGAGAGAGAGAGAUAGAGAGAAGAGAGAGAGGGAGGAGAGAGAGAGAGAGCGAGAGAGGAGAGAGAGAGGAGAGAGAGAGAGAGAGAGCGAGAGAGAGAGAGAUCUCUCUCUCUCUCUCUCUCUCUCUCCUCUCUCUCUCUCUCUCUCUCUCUCUCUCUCUCUCUGUUAUUCUCCUUUCUUCUCUUUCCCGCCACCUCAUUUCUCUUUCUAUCCAAAAUACACACAAUCCUGUUUUCUCUCUCAUUCUUCCCUCUCCCCUUCCCCUCUGUAGUGACCCUCUGUUUUCGGCCCAGCGUCUACCCCCCCAUGGUUACCCCCUGGAGCACCCCUUCAACAAAGAUGGCUACCGCUACAUCCUAGCAGAGCCGGACCCCCACGCCCCCGACCCAGAGAAACUAGAGAUGGACUGCUGGGCUGGGAAACCCAUCCCUGGAGACCUCUACAGAGCCUGUCUCUACGAGAGAGUACUGCUAGCCCUGCACGACAGAGGUACACACACAGGAAAUGCUACUGUAAUGUAGUGGAGAUGGGCUUUUCAUUAUUAGCCUUACCCAGUAAUGUCUUUCACCUUCUGAAAAUACUGUCUGUGUGCGGGCAUCUUUGUGCAUGUGUGUGUCUGUUAUUUCAAUUUUAUGGUACUGGUACCGACCGCGUGUGUGUGUAUAUAUCUAAUAUAUAUAUAGCAUGUGCUCUUGUGUGUUUUAAUUUUCAGAAUCUAUUCUGGAUUUGACAGUUUUGUAUUUCUUCACAUUGAUAUUGAAUACUGCAUUGUUGAGGAAGAGCUUGCAAGUAAGCAUUUCACUAUACUGUUUACACCUGCUGUAUCUGGUGCACAUGACAAACGUUGAUUUGAUUUGUCUCUGUGUAUGCAGCCCCCCAGCUGAAGAUCUCAGAUGACCGUCUGACAGUGACCGGGGAGAAGGGUUACAGCAUGGUCAGAGCCUCCCACGGUGUCAGGAAAGGAUCCUGGUACUUUGAGGUCUCCAUCGAUGAGAUGCCCGCUGACACCGCAGCCAGACUGGGCUGGUCUCAGCCUCUAGGUUGAUACUACAAACACAGACACUCGCGCACUGAGAGACACCACAGCUACAUCUAGUUGGCCUCAAUACCACAGGUUAUAACAUGUCCUUUCUCCCUGUGUGUGUGUGUUGUAGGUAACCUGCAGGCCCCUCUGGGAUAUGAUAAGUUCAGCUACUCGUGGCGCAGUAAGAAGGGGACACGCUUCCACCAGUCUGUAGGGAAACACUACUCCUCAGGCUACGGACAGGGAGACACUCUGGGCUUCUUCAUAGAACUACCGGACGGAACUGAGACAGCCAAGGCACUGCCUGACACGUACAAGGACAAGGUACUUUUAAAAAUAUAAAAUACUAUAGUUGAUUAAUGAGUAAUUGAGAAUCAAUAAAAUAUCCUAAUCAUGAUUAGUAAAUAAUAGAUAUCCACUCUGUUGUUUUUAUGAGACUUGAACUCUCAUCCCUUUGUGUGUGUUAAUGUUUUGUUUGUGUUCUCUCAGGCGCUGAUUAAGUUUAAGAGCUACCUGUACUUUGAGGAGAAGGAUUAUGUGGACAAGGCAGAGAAAAGCCUGAAGACUGUUACCCCCAGCAGGGUGAGGCUCCAGCAUAGAACUACAACCAAUAGCUCAGACAUUCACAUUCAAAGCAAUGGAACACAUACAGUGCCUUGCAUAAGUAUUCAUCCCCCUUGGUGUUUUUCCUAUUUUGUUGCAUUACAACCUGUAAUUUAAAUGGAUUUUUAUUUGGAUUUCAUGUAAUGGACAUACACAAAAUAGUCAAAAUUGGUGAAGUGAAAUGAAAAAAAUAACUUACAUUUUACAUUUACAUUUUAGUCAUUUGUUUCACAAAAUUCUAAAAAAGAAAUAACGGAAAAUUGGUGCGUGCAUAUGUAUUCACCCCCUUUGCUACGAAGCCCCUAAAUAAGCUCUGGUGCAACCAAUUACCUUCAGAAGUCACAUAAUAAGUUAAAUAAAGUCCACCUGUGUGCAAUCUAAAUGUCACAUGAUCUGUCACAUGAUCUCAGUAUAUAUACACCUGUUCUGAAAGGCCUCAGUCUGCAACACCACUAAGCAAGGGGCACCACCAAGCGCCAUGAAGACCAAGGAGCUCUCCAAACAGGUCAGGGACAAAGUCGUGGAGAAGUAGAGAUCAGGGUUGGGUUAUAAAAAAAUAUACGAAACUUUGAACAUUCCACGGAGCACCAUUAAAUCCAUUAUUAAAAAAUUGAAAGAAUAUGGCACCACAACAAACCUGCCAAGAGAGGGCUGCCCACCAAAGGAGGGCAUUAGUCAGACGCAACACAGAGACCAAAGAUAACCCUGAAGGAGCUGCAAAGCUCCACAGCGGAGAUAGGAGUAUCUGUCAAUAGGACCACCUUAAGCCGUACACUCCACAGAGCUGGGCUUUACGGAAGAGUGGCCAGAAAAAAGCCAUUGCUUUAAGAAAAAAAUAAGCAAACACGUUUGGUGUUCACCAAAAGGCAUGUGGGAGACUCCCCAAACAUAUGGAAGAAGGUACUCUGGUCAGAUGAGACUAAAAUAGAGCUUUUUGCUAUCAAGGAAAACGCUUUGUCUGGCGCAAACCCAACACCUCUCAUCACCCCGAGAACACCAUCCCCACAGUGAAGCAUGGUGGUGGCAGCAUCAUGCUGUGGGGAUGUUUUUCAUCGGCAGGGACUGGGAAACUGUUAGUUAGUUAUGCACGCUCAAGUCGUUUUUUGUCUUAUUUCUUCGUUGUUUCACCCCAAAAAAUAUUUUGCAUCUUCAAAGUGGUAGGCAUGUUGUGUAAAUGAAAUGAUACAAACCCCCCAAAAAUCCAUUUUAAAUCCAGGUUGUAAGGCAACAAAAUGGGGAGGGGAGGUUGAAUACUUUCGCAAGCCACUGUAACUACAACCAUUUGCAAUGUUGAUGAAUUUGGAUAAUCUCAAAACCCUCUGCUAAUAAUUUAAAAUGGUCAAUAUCAUACGUUUGUUGACAUAGUAGAUACAGGAAUCGGCUUUUCCAUUUGUUGAAAUCUCUGUUCUUCCCUCUUUUCUAGAUGCUGUUCUAUAAGAAUGGGGUGAACCAGGGUCAGGCCUAUGAGAACCUGUUUGAGGGGCUCUACUUCCCUGCCAUCUCUCUCUACCGGGGCUGCACGGUUAGGGAUGUUUGUGUGUCCGUUUUGAAGGGUUCUAUUAUCCCUCAAUCUCCCUCUACAGCGCUGUAAAUAAUACAAUGCCCCAACGUUUUAUUGUGCUCUAAUAUAGCGCAGCAUCUACUCCAGGGAUUCCCAUUUCAAUCACAUUAUGUUGAUUGUCCCUCCUUUCUCCCAGGUGUCAGUUAACUUUGGACCACAUUUCAAACACCCUCCAAAGGACAUCAAAUACCAGCCAGUGAGUACACACACAUGCAUACUUUUUAUUUUAUUAGACAAGCAAUAGAGAGACAGUACUUGGAGUUUUGAUGUCACUGAGGAUGUGAUUGAUUGGUGUAUUUUUGUGUCCCCAGAUGAGUGACAUGGGCUGGGGAGCGGUGAUCGAACACACGCUGGCUGACAUGCUUUACCACGUAGAGACAGACGUGGACGGACGACGCAGCCCGCCCUGGGAAGGAUAA